AUGGCUUUCUUCCCAACAUUAGCGCGUCGAGCUGCUGCAAAGGCUGUCCCAGCAGAGAAGGAUACAGUGCUGAAGAAGGGAGCUCGACGGGAUCCCGAGCUAUAUAUUCUGUUGGGUAUUAUGUCUGGCGCUUUUGGCCUUGCAGGAUUCUACUUCGGCCGCAAACCUACCUCUGCCACCUCAGAAGCCGAAGUUUCAGUUGCGAACAGUUCAAUGCCUUGGGAGGUUGAUCAUGACCAUGAGGAUCAGACGAAACAUUUCAAAUAUCAAUAUCAUCCCAAGGGAGACCGAAGUCAGACUCCUAGGAAUGCUCCUAGUGCGUUGAAUACAGUCAUUGUUCCAAACGUUACGCUACCAAAGGAUGUCCAUGACAAGCUCAACAAAUGGGGUAAGGAAGGAUAUUGA